CCCUGCGCCCGGCAUAGCGACUGCAAGGGGCGCUGCGGAGUGCUCCGAGCCGUGAGGGCGGGGCCGGCGCGAUGCCCCGCCCCUUCGAUAGCUCAUCUUUGCGCGUCACAGUCGCGCGGAGCCCGGCUUCCGACGUGCAGCCUGGCGGUGCAGUGAGCUGUCUGGCCUUUUGUCCUUGAUCCUUGGUUAAGGAAAUGACCAACCAGUACGGUAUUCUCUUCAAACAAGAGCAAGCCCAUGAUGAUGCCAUUUGGUCAGUUGCUUGGGGGACAAACAAGAAGGAAAACUCUGAGACAGUGGUCACAGGCUCCCUAGAUGACCUGGUGAAGGUCUGGAAAUGGCGUGAUGAGAGGCUGGACCUACAGUGGAGUCUGGAGGGACAUCAGCUGGGAGUGGUGUCUGUGGACAUCAGCCACACCCUGCCCAUUGCUGCAUCCAGCUCUCUUGAUGCUCAUAUUCGUCUUUGGGACUUGGAAAAUGGCAAACAGAUAAAGUCCAUAGAUGCAGGACCUGUGGAUGCCUGGACUUUGGCCUUUUCUCCUGAUUCCCAGUAUCUGGCCACAGGAACUCAUGUCGGAAAAGUGAACAUUUUUGGUGUGGAAAGUGGGAAAAAGGAAUAUUCUUUGGACACGAGAGGAAAAUUCAUUCUUAGUAUUGCAUAUAGUCCUGAUGGGAAAUACCUAGCCAGUGGAGCCAUAGAUGGAAUCAUCAAUAUUUUUGAUAUUGCAACUGGAAAACUUCUGCAUACCCUGGAAGGCCAUGCCAUGCCCAUUCGCUCCUUGACCUUUUCCCCGGACUCCCAGCUCCUUGUCACUGCUUCAGAUGAUGGCUACAUCAAGAUCUAUGAUGUGUGUCGCUUCUUGCUGCUCUCAAGCCCUACUCCCCAUGCUUCUGCUUCUAGCUUGCUGGGAGCUGGGAAACUGACCAAGCAUGGAAAACUACAGGAUAUAUUUACUGGAUUGGAAAGCCACAGAAUCAUCAGGGAAUACUUGGAGGACAGCUAAAAUGGAAAAAGGCCUUAAAAUGAUGGCAUCAGGCAAAAUGAAUAGCAGGAGAAGGUGCUGUAUUUGGGGGAAUCUGAUGCAGCAGAUGGGGAAAUGUGGAGAAAGGGAACAUGCAGCCACAAACACUUACACAAGCCCUUAUGGCCAAUGAGCAUCAGAAGCGACCAGGAAGACACUCCAAAAGAUUCUAGAGGAAUGGCUUGAGAAUGUCAGGAGAUGGCAACUAACCCAAACCAAGGCCAGGUAAGACUUUCAGAGCAUUAGAAAACCUCAUAAAGAGGCUGUCUGUGAUCUCAAGGAAGUAAACCUCAGCAAGAACACUUUGGCAGGUGACAUGGAAUGGAAAUAAGGCCAGGAAGGGUGAAGAGAAGAUGACAGGGAAACAAGAGGAAUUCAUGGCACACCCAAUACAUGUUGUGAUACAGCUCACUUCCCUGACAUCUAGUCUGUGUAUCCCACGAUUAGCACCCAGACAGCAUUUCCAGCCCGUGUGGAGCACCAGCUCUGCGCAGCCUCACCUUUUUCAACAUGUACCUCAAUAAUCUUCUUCUCACGGAUCACCUUGGCACCGCUGCAGCUCUCGCAGCGGUCCUUGGGGUUGAUGCGCUCACCCUGGCCCUUGCACUCAAUGCACACGGUCUGGAUCUGCUGCACCAUGCCCGGCCCGAUCUGCUGGAUGUGGAUCUGCAUCCCCCGCCCCUUGCACAGCGGGCACUUCUCCACCGAUCCCUUCUUCCCACCAACACCUGCAGGGUCAGGGGAGGCAGGAAUGAGGGCCAUGCUCUUCCCUUACCAGUGUCCCUGCUGGGCGCCAUGGCAGAAGGGUAGGGAACCCCCACAUUGGACAAUGGGCUUAGAAUUCUAUUUACAAUCAUAAAAAAACAAUGCAGAAGAGUCUGGAGGAGUCCAGCCAAGCAGACAACAUCCAGAUGUUAACAUCUGACCUCAAACAUUUGUGAUUUUGGCUGCACCAAUCCAAAUUUAUUACUUUAGCUUCAUCAAAUGUGUUUUCUUCCACCCCCGGUGGAACUCGCAUAGGCCCACAGAUGAAUGAGGAGGCUGGGGCUGUGGAGAUCUAGACAACACAAGCUCUGUCAAUCAUGGCAGCUACCCAGCUCAGCCACUUCUCUUUGUGGGACAAUGUGAGGCUGGGGUCACCAGACAUGGCUUUUCUUGAAAACUCAGGUUUUUUAAAAAUUACAAUAAUUAUAUAUACAUUUAAGUCAGGGGCCAAGAAACCAUGGCCAGACUGCUUGGUUUUGUAAAUAAAGCUUUACUGGAACA